AUGAAAAAUUCGGGAUUGCCGAUAGCUUCACUGGACGAUGAUUUCGGUCCACCAACUACUGAUAUGCAUCGAAUGAAAUUUUCGGUACGAUCGGAUUCUAUUGUACCAUCGGCUGGUCGAGAAGGUACUUCGAUUGCACCGCAGAUUUAUAAAGGCCGUGCUAUGGCUGUUUUCACCAGUGGUGGUGAUGCUUCUGGAAUGAAUAGCGCUGUACGCUCAGUAGUUCGGAUGGGUGUUUAUCUUGGGUGUCGAGUUUUUCUCAUUUAUGAAGGAUAUCAAGGAAUGGUGGAUGGUGGUGAUAAUAUCAAGGAAGCAGAUUGGCAGUCAGUGUCAGAUAUCAUACAACGUGGAGGUACUGUUAUUGGAUCAGCGCGUUGCAAAGUUUUCCAAGAACGAUGGGGACGCUUGCGAGCUGCUGAGAAUCUUAUCAAACAUCGUAUUACCAAUCUUGUAUGUAUUGGAGGUGAUGGCUCAUUAACGGGCGCUAAUCUUUUCCGGCAAGAAUGGCAAGGUCUGGUAAAAGAGCUCUUGUUAAGUGGAAAAAUAACGAAAGAAGAGGCGGUAGAGUGUAGUAACAUCCAGAUCGUUGGACUUGUUGGUUCCAUCGACAAUGAUUUCUGCGGUACAGAUAUGACCAUUGGUACUGAUACAGCGUUGCAACGAAUCUGCGAAGCAAUUGAUUGCGUAAUGUCAACAGCUCAAAGUCACCAACGUACAUUCGUUAUUGAGGUGAUGGGUCGUCAUUGUGGUUACUUGGCACUGGUUGCUGCAUUAGCUUCUGAAGCAGAUUUCUGUUUCAUACCUGAAUGGCCAGUACCAACUGAUUGGCCGACAGUAUUAUGUCAAAAACUACGAAUGAUGCGUGAGGCUGGUUCACGUUUAAAUAUUGUAAUUGUUGCAGAAGGCGCAUUGGAUAGAGAAGGAAAAUGUAUUACAGCUGAGUCAGUUCGUGCAGUUGUGAAGGAAACUUUGCAUUAUGAUACUCGUGUGACCGUAUUGGGACACGUUCAACGUGGUGGUAGUCCAUCAGCAUUUGAUCGAUUGCUUGGAUGUCGUAUGGGUGCAGAAGCAGUACUUGCUUUGAUGGAAAUGACACCGCAGUCAGAACCUUGUGUUGUUUCAAUUGACGGUAAUGUGAUUGUACGUGUCCCACUCAUGCAAUGUGUUCAACGUACUCAAGCAGUAAAAAAAGCCAUGGACGAACGUGACUGGGAAACAGCUGUAAAGUUAAGAGGUAGAAGUUUCCAACGGAAUCUUGAAACUUAUCGUUUACUUACAAAAGUAGAACCGAAAAAAGUCGAUCCAAAUGUACCAGUUUACAAUGUGGCUAUAGUUAAUGUUGGUGCACCUGCUGGUGGAAUGAAUGCAGUGGUGCGUUCGUAUGUUCGUAUGGCACUUUAUCAUGGAUGUAAGGUUUAUGGUAUAAAGAAUUCGUUCGAAGGACUCUGCCGGGGCGAAGUACAGGAUAUGGCUUGGGGUGAUGUGUGUAACUGGGUGAUGUACGGUGGUUCAUUUCUUGGAACACAAAAACAAUUGCCCGGAAAAAUUAUGGAUAAAGUUGCUGACGCGUUUGAAAAAUACAAUUUUCAUGGAUUAUUACUCGUGGGUGGAUUCGAGGCUUUCCAUUCUUGCUUACUCCUUUCACGUGCCCGUGAUAAAUAUCCAUCUCUGCGAAUACCGAUGUGUGUUAUUCCAUGUACAAUCAGUAAUAAUGUUCCGGGAACAUCGCUUUCGCUUGGUUCUGAUACAGCUGUUAAUGAAAUUUGCGAGAUGAUUGACAAAAUCAAGCUAUCAGCUACCGGCACUAAGAGACGAGUUUUCAUUGUUGAAACUAUGGGUGGAUUUUGUGGUUAUUUAGCAACUAUUUCAGCUUUAGCAUCAGGAGCUGAUAAUGCUUAUAUCUUCGAAGAACAGUUCAAAGUCUCUGAUAUUAUGGAUGAUGUAAAAGUUAUUAGUCGUAAAAUGCGUACAGGUGUGCAACGUUACCUAAUUGUACGUAAUGAAUGUGCUAACAAAAAUUAUACAACAGAAUUUGUGAAUCAAUUGUUCGCUGAAGAGGGAAAAGGAGCAUUUUCAACAAGAACCAAUGUGUUAGGACAUGCGCAACAAGGUGGUAACCCAACGCCAUUCGACCGUAAUAUGGGAACAAAACUUGCAGCCCGUGCGCUGGAAUUCAUUAUUUCGCAAAUACUAAAGUAUAUUGAUCCGAAGACCGGUAUUCUAAAUGCUGUUUCUCCUGACAGUGCCACACUGUUGGGAUUGAUGGGUCGUCGAACAGUAUUUACACCUGUGGAAGAGCUGUCGCUAGAAACUGAUUUCGAGCAUCGUGUACCGAAACAUCAGUGGUGGAUGAAAAUGAGACCGCUGUUAAGAAUACUAGCCAAGCAUGAUUCAACAUAUCAAACAGAAGCUAUGGUGGUACCAGAAGUGGAGGGUGAAAGCGCUUGA